AUGACAGCGGCAAGAGGGACAAUUGGAUAUAUGGCUCCAGAAUUGUUUUAUAAAAAUAUUGGUGGAAUAUCCUAUAAGUCUGAUGUUUAUAGUUUUGGAAUGCUUUUAAUGGAGAUGGCGAGCAGGAGGAAAAACUUAAAUGCUCAAGCAGAGCAUUCAAGCCAAAUGUACUUUCCCGAAUGGGUUUAUGAUCACCUUAAAGAAGAUAAAGAUAUAGAAAUGAAAGAUAUCACAGAGGAGGAAAAGAAGUUAGCGAAGAAAAUGAUGACAGUUGCACUUUGGUAUAUAAAAAUGAAACCAAAUGAUCGUCCCUCGAUGACCAAAGUGGUGGAAAUGCUUGAAGAAGACAUUGAAAACUUGGAAAUCCCUCCAGAUUUUUCCUUAUAUCCAUAUGAGGAGACAAAAGACUCUAAGCAAACAAAAUCAGAAGUUUAA